GAUUACUUUGUAUUCGUACAAAGUAUAAUGUUCCAUAAUGCCGCACUACAAAAUAUUGACAAUGUAUACUGUUCCAAAACGCAUCCGAAAAGUUAUUGAAACGUAUCGCAGAGUAAUGAGCGCAUAGCUAAUAGAGUUGAUGCUUCGUUUGUUUUUGGUUCCGAUUCUUGUUGUGAAAAUGGAAAAUACAGAAAAAUUUAUUUUUCAUUGUUACAUUGAAUAUUUAAAAUAUGCAAUUUAUAUGUUGCAAUGUUUCGCGACUCUGCAUACACAAACAGUUUGAAUACCGCAGUACAAAAGUAUCCAAACAUUGUAUUGAUACGUUUUGGAAGUCAGCCAAAUUAAUAUGUUUGCUGUACAUAUAUUUAAUAACUUUUGAUAUUAAAAUUUGAGUGUGAAAUAAUGCAAUAUUCCUCAUUAUAUGCUAAUAUGUGAUUGAAAGAAAAACACAGUUGUGGAGGCAAGAUUUCUCUUGAGCUCAUGGAACAUAGCUUAUGCUAAGAUCAUCUGUAGAAGGAAACACAUCUGAUAUAUUGAACACGCUUCCAUUUAUUCUAUUUACUUUUGUUGUCUGCUGGAUUAACGAUUAAUAAAAUGUUGGCAGCAGUAAAACAUUUACUUGCACAAAAACGUAUAGUAUUGGCAAGCAGCUCACCACGUCGCCAAGAACUUAUCAAAUCAAUAGGAGUCGACAUUGAAUUAUGUCCAUCUAAUUUCGAAGAAAACUUGGAUUACCGCGACUUCAAGGAGUUCUCACAAUUUGUCGAGGCUACAGCGGCUGGCAAAGCUGAGGAGGUAUAUCAACGUCUACAUGCCGCAGAUCCGACAGCCGAUUUAUUGGUUAUUGGCGCUGACACAAUGGUCACGUUGGGCAGUGACGUUUAUGGGAAACCAAAAGAUGCAACCGAUGCGGUGCGCAUGUUGACCAAUCUCUCUGGCAAAUGCAAUCGUACACAUACAGGGAUUGUGAUCAGACACGAUAAAGGUAUACGCCAGUUCACUGAGACCACUGAUGUAUAUUUCGGUGAUUUGAGCAAUGCGCAAAUACAAGAUUAUGUAAAAAGCGGAGAGCCACUCGACAAAGCAGGCGCCUAUGGUAUACAAGGAAUUGGUGGUUCUUUAAUUUCCAAAAUUAAUGGCGACUACUAUUGUGUAAUGGGUUUACCACUACAUCGCUUGUGCAAGGAGUUGUGCGCUUUGUUGGAGGACCCAAAUUCGCCUGAGAAUGGAUGUCCUGCAGAAAAGAAAACCAGAAUUGAAUAAAAUGUUAGUUAUUGAUCUAAGCAACAGCAUUUAAAGAACCAAAGCAAUUAAGAGGCUUUUAGUUAUUCUUAUAUAAAUACUUAUAUUAGGUUCUGAUAUGCCAAAUUUAAGCAAUCAAAUGUGAAAAGACAAACCCGCAGCAGAUUUUUAGACAGACAAUACACUACUUAAAUCAAAUAGACCUAUUAGCAUGAUAAGCAUGAUCGAUGAAUAUGAUUUAAUAGAAUUGAGGUGGUUUUAAAGAAUUUUUACUUUUAAUAAGCUAUUAUCUAGAAUUAUUUUUCUGAGUUGAUGGUUAUUUGAAUUCUUAUUUUUAUUUCCUUCAAGUUAUUUUAAGUACGUAUAGUUUUUGAAACUACAAAACCAAGCCGUUGCAAAACGACCACUAUGUGUUGUAGCCAUAUAUGUAAUACCCCUAUAUUGGUAGUAAGCAUUCCGAAAUCAAGCGGAUGGUACUAGCUCAUACUGCCAAUAUAGGAGUAUUACAUAUGUAUAUGGUUGGAGCAAUCAGCGCAGCUCCCGAAAAAAUUUAUAAUUUUUAGCGUGUUUUGACAACCUUUGAAAUAAAAAUAAUUUUUAUUUAGAUAAUA